AUGUCUAAUCAAAUACCUGUUCUUUAUACAGAGCAAAAAACAAAGAAAGUUAAACUAUGGUUAGAUGGAUAUUUAGUUCCACGUGCAACAUUAAAUUCGGCACGUUUAAUAUCUGCUGGUAAACAUGAAAUUGAUGUUGUUUUUUAUUCAAGUAUUGAUGAUCUUAAACCUGGAAGAGAAUUUGAAACUGAUCGAUAUUUAAUUAGUAUUGAAGAAAGUAAUAAUGAUAAUCAACCUUGUCCUCGACCAAGUUUUGCUGUUAAUGAUCCAACAAUGAGAAAUAAACCAAAAUCAGCAGUAUGUAUACAUAUUAUUUUCAAUCAAAGUUUUCUAACUACAUUAACGGACAAAAAUCUCUGUUCUAGAAAAUCUCAGCCAUUAUAAAUGAUGGUGGACUGAAAAAUUUUUGUGCACAUACUUGUUCAAAAGUGUAAGUUACAGGCACAAUUCUCCUUCGUUUGCUUAAGUACAAAGAUAAUUUUGACGGAUGAUACUUAUUUUUGUAUUAAAGUUUUUAACCUGAAAAGGAUUGCCUACUCAAUUUUGCACUAAUUUUUACGAAAUACAUGAUUAAUUCUUAAUGUUUUUAAGCGAAACUGGAGUUCAGUCUAUGAUUGUUCUUUACUCAAAAGACGAGUUCAUUUACUUGAAUAUUGGCAUCUCUUGAUGUUUCUGCAAUCUCUGCCUCAUCAACACAAUGAUCAUAACUAUGCUAUUUCUCAUCAAUACUCAGUUUGUUUAUAAAAUUUGUAGGCACUAAUGUCUUACUGGAGGGGUAGCUUUUCUAAGAGUCUGAGUUUCAUUAUCUCAAAAGGAUAUCAAACAGUUUUUCUCCACAUCAAUAGUCACAAUAAAAUGGCCACAGUACUGCUAAAGAAAGUUGAUAAACUUCAAUGUUAUUAGUUGUAUGGAUAGCUUAGAUUCAACAUUACAUAUUAAACUAUUAAAUGAUCUAGAGAACGCUCAUAUUUUCCAGAAUUAUGAAGUUCAAAGGCGAUAUAGAUGCUAUCGAUUAUCAUUCAUCAUAAUUUUCUUUAUAUUUAAGCAAUCAAAGCAGAAUUAUAUCUCUAACCUAUUCUCUUGACAAAGUUUGUGCAUAAGAAUUUUCAAUCCUCUAGCAUCUAUAAUGUCUGACGCGGGAACUCUUCUAACAGUUCAAUCGCUUCUGUAUUGAGACUAUGUGCAUUAUGU